CACGGAAGUAGCGCUACGUCAUUUUCAUGUGUGCUAAAACCGGCUGGCUACCACAAGAAACACUUGUGACUGAAACAUAUUUUGGCACUCCAAUCACAAACCAGUUGAGGCUUAAAUAUGUAUAGACGUCGUGUUGCAGCAAAAUGAAGAGUCUGAGGGACAAUUUGUCCACUUUUCGGCGUCUGAAAAUGCUCGGCUAACUCGUGUUAGCUAGUUAGCAUUUGAGAGGAAUGGCAGAGAGACAGGAGAAAACAUUUAAAUUUGUGAUCGUAGGAGGAGGCAUCGCGGGUGUGACAUGUGUUGAGCAGUUAACAUCCCAGAUUCCUUCAGGUGAUGUGGCUCUGAUCACAGCAGGUCCUCACAUCAAGGCAGUGACCAACUAUAAGCAGGUGUCCAAAACCCUGGAAGAGUUUGAUGUGGAGGAGAAACCAUCCAGUGUUCUGGAGGAAAAAUUUCCCAACCUGACUGUCAUCCAUUCUGCUGUCAAAUCACUUCACACAGAAACACAUUCUGUGGAAACCGCAGAUGGUCGGGUUUUUGGUUAUGAGAAGUUGUGUAUCUGCAGUGGUGGCCGACCCAACCUCCUGAUGAAGGAAAACCCUUAUGUGCUGGGGAUUCGAGACACAGACAGUGCCCAGGAGUUUCAGAAGCGUUUAUGUAAAGCAAAGAGAAUUGUUGUUGUUGGAAAUGGAGGGAUUGCUUUGGAAUUAGUGUAUGAGGUGGAGGGCUGUGAAGUAAUCUGGGCUGUGAAGGACAAAGCCAUAGGAAACACCUUCUUUGAUGCCGGAGCUGCACAGUUCCUCAUCCCAUCCCUCGAGGCUGACAAACCAGAGGUAGCUGCUCCCUGCAAGAGGACUCGCUACACUACAGAAGAGCCAGCGCCUGGAGCCUCACAGACCUUCACAGCAGAUAGAAGUUCACGAGGACAUGGUUCUGGUCCUACAGAGCCUGGUAGUGCUCUGGGUCCAGACUGGCAUGAAGGAAUAGCUCUUCGAGGAGCCCAGCAGGUUUCCCGCAGAGUUUCAGUGGAAUACCAGUGCGAAGUGGAAAAGAUCCUCACCUCUGAGGAGCUCCUCAAUUCCCCACAGCAAACACUAAGACCAGAGAGCGUAGGAUCCUGGCCAGUUUACAUCCAGCUGACCAAUGGCAAAACAUUUGGCUGCGAUUUCGUUGUCAGUGCCACCGGUGUCGUGCCAAACACCGAGCCGUUUCUCCAUGGCAACAACUUUUCAGUGGCAAAUGACGGCGGCCUGCAAGUAGACGAUCAUAUGAUGACGUCAGAGCCAGAUGUGUACGCAGCAGGAGACGUUUGCACUGCAUGCUGGAAGCAUAGUCCGCUAUGGCAGCAGAUGCGUCUGUGGACUCAGGCCCGUCAGAUGGGCUGGUACGCUGGCCGCUGUAUGGCAGCAGAGGUUCUAUCAGAACCCAUAGAGCUGGACUUCUGCUUUGAACUCUUCUCCCAUAUCACCAAAUUCUUCAACUACAAGGUGGUCUUGCUGGGAAAGUUUAACGGGCAGGGGCUGGGGCCGGACCAGGAGCUGCUGGUACGCUGCACCAAGGGCCAGGAGUAUGUCAAGGUGGUCGUCAGCGGAGGCAGGAUGGUGGGAGCGGUGCUGAUUGGGGAAACAGAUCUGGAAGAGACUUUUGAAAACCUGAUCCUGAACCAGAUGGAUCUGACGCCGUACGGAGAGGAGCUGCUCAACCCCAACAUCGACAUAGAAGACUACUUCGACUGAGCUUAGACUUUGGAAUAUCACUGCAGGCUGAAGAAUUAUGCAAGGUAGAGGACAGUGACGAGGAAGUCAGACCUGAAGAAUGUCCAAAGAAACAAAUCGUGCAUUCUGUCACGUCUGUGCAACGUGAGAAAUAGAGAUUAUUUUGGCAUUUAGAAAUCAAACAUUUUAUUUUUUUGCUAUUAAAUUAUUUGCAGAACCACAUGUAGUAAAUUGCUGUUUGAAUCAUAUGUUUUAAAAAUUCUUUUUCACUUAGUUGUAAUUUUAAUCUAUCUACAUUUUAGCAGGUUUGACAAACUUGUUAUAUUUUUAAAGAAUCGCCAAAAUUACACCAUUGAUCAGAGCCAGAACCUGGAAAAAUAUAAAGGAUUAAUGUUUUUUUUACUCUCUCACUCUCUCACUCUAACCUUAAAAUCGUGAUAUUUCAUCCAAACCACUUUAUUCUGCGUGUCUUGUUUUAACAAAGCACCAAAAAUAUACUGUUUGCUUUAAGCAGAAUCUACAAAAAACAAAAAAUCCUGUGCUCUUCGGCAGAAAUAUAAAUCUGUUAGUGACUCCACUGCGACCAACAGUCAUGUGACAAAAAUUCAACAACUUUUCGGUUGAACUGCUGCCAGUGUUUGCAGCACAAGGCAAGUACAAGACACAAAUGGAAACAAAUUGAAGUUGUACAUACAUAAAAUAUCUAUAUGUGAAGCCGCCAUUUCCUCCCAGUAUUAGUAACACCUGUGGGAGUUUGAAAAAUGUUGUGCAAUGCUGAUUACAGUUUUUACAAAUAAAUAAAAUAAAAUAAAUUUUGUAAAAUAAAUCA